AUGCGUUUGACAAACAAGGAUGUGGAGGAAUUUAAUAACUCAGAAGCCGUUUCAGCUGCAAGAGACUUGCUUAAACGAGCAGAAGACGUGGCAGAGCUAAGUAUUAGUGAGUCAAGUGAGGUGACAGAUUUCCUUUUGUGCUUGGUGACGAUCAAAACAGGUCAGCGCCCUGGUGCGCUUGAGAACGCGACAGUUGAUCCUUACAAGUCCAUGUGGCAGGACACAUCAGGCAAACGAGUAAUGCUAGUUCCAGCUCAUAAGAGAGGUGUCUCCGGACCCGCACCGAUCGCUCUUGACGCGAAAAGAUCAGGCCGCAUUUUUCACCUAAUACCAACUACCUGUUUUGCACCAUGGGCCUUUCAGGAAAGGGCGUAUCUCAAGGCGGUUACCAGAGUUUUGACAGAGAUCUGUGGUUCCACCCGACCGUCGGAUAACAGCAACCAAUAUCAAAAAGUGGAUUGUGACGGAAUGCCACGAGAAGAAGCACAGGGGUGAGAACGUUAAUGAGCAGGUGCUGAGGGAGAGCAUGUGCCACUCAGAUACCACAGCUAAAACGUUCUACCUCAGACAGGAACUCACUGAGGUUGCUGCUCAAGCGGUUGCAAUCAUCGUUAAGUGCACUCAAGACUGCACAAUCGAAUCCCCCAUCCAACAAAACAGACCAGGCCAGACCCGUAACGGAUGAAGAGAAGGCUGCGAUAUCCACGGAUUUCAGUGUGCUCAUCCAGUCCAACAUGAUCUUGAGACCGAAAUACCUAAUAGUGUCAAAUCAUUUUUUCCUUUCAAUUUACUGUACGUGAUAAAUCAGUGUCAUGCACAAGAAAGAGUAGACUAGGGUCUAGGCACGAGGGUACUUAGUCAAGCAUGGCUGGUGAGUGUUCUUCCUAAAUACCAAUUUUUUGGUUCAUUUGAUUAAAAAGCAAAGGCAAUAUGUUAUUAGUCCGUGGACUAUAGAGGGUCUUUUUCUUUUGAAGGAGUCUUAAAAAGGUUUUAUAAUACUGGAAAAUGAAUGAAGCAUUCGUCAAAAAUGUAUUGCGGCCAUUGCUGCUUUAGCCACGUGCGAGUUUCCAUUAAGAAAAGGAAUCUACAUUCAAUUGCACAGUAUGCUGCCGUUUUGAGUACUUUAGGAGGUAAAUAGCUAGAUUGUGUAUUAUUCAGAGGAAAGUGUAGGAAAACAGCUUAUACUUAUUGAUUACACGGUAAGUAUAGUCGUUAAAGAAUCCAAGAAAACAUGCUUUCUUGGAGGCACGUUUAGACUAUUAGUGCCUGCCGACAUUUAAAUUUCAUUGAAAAAAAUAUCAGAAGCUCCUUGAUCAUAAUCAGUGUAUAGAUUCUGGUGUACUAUGAGCCAGUGAGCUUAUAAACCAGGGCACUUUUAAUUUAAUAAGGUUGGCAAGACACAAUCUUACAACACUUGGUAAGGCACAGAGCAUCGUCAUACAUAUCUUGAGUUAAGGCAAGGCAAGGGCAAAUUUAAGGGUUACUUACACAAAUGUAUAUAAAGUACACCUACCAAUAAUAUUCCAUAUUUGAAUGGAGACCUUCAUUUUCAAAUUUUGUAGACAACGUAGCAUCAAAAGUCAAGUUAGGAUUCAAGGCAAGUAAAUUAAAUUUUAAUGAAAGAAAUUACUCAUUCUGCAUCACCUACAUAAUUUAGUUGCAAGUUUAACUCUAAUUGCCCGAUUUUAGGAUUAAGAUUGUUUAAGAUUAUGCAAACUAAAGUAUUUUUUCUUCACCUUAAGCCUGAUAUUUUGAUGUUGAACAUACAUUUUAGCUGUAAUAACUUCCUCAUUUAUUUUUUGUCAUUUUAUAUAAUUGUUACAAUCUGAAAUAAUUUUCAUUCUGAGUUGGCAUAGGUAAAUGCCAGCUGCCUCAUUAGUAGUUGAAAGUUAAGUUGAUAUAGUUGUAUUGGUUUUUAAGAUGGAGUAAACCAAUAAAAAUAUUGAUAACAUUUGUAGAGUAAUAUAUAAAUGUUAAUAAUAAUCAUCAUAAUGUUUUACAGUAAGUUUUUUUGCUGUUAAAUUAAACAGAGGUGUACUAACUGUGGUGAACAACAACGAGCUGCUGUGAACAAGUGUUCUGAAUGUAGAACAAUUUUUGUGAAGGCCAAAAAAGACCUGGAAAAGCUACGGAAAAAGAAAGGAAAAAGUAACAUUACCAAACAAAAGCGCCUUAUGGAAGAGCAAGUAAGUGAAUCUUUUUUUAGGCCGAUUUUCAUAUACCUUGUUUUAAAUAAUUAAUUAAUUAAGUGAUUUUUUAAAAUAAGGGGUAAGUAAAGUGCAUUGUUGUUGAUUAUUGGUUGUUGAGUAUUGGUGCUGCAAAUUGUCAGUUAUUCUCUCAGGCUAAAUUAGACAUCUUUUUUUUAUUAUUGUUGUUAUUAGGCAAAACUCUAAUUAUUUGCAUACUGUCAGGGGUGACUAACACAGCAGAACUCAACACAUCCGAGGCAACUGGGAUGAGAGUGAAUACUACACAUUGUGUCUUGUGACAGUUUUUUGUACAUUAAGUGGAAUAAAAUUAAUGAAGGAUUAACUGAAAUUGUUGGAUCAAAAUAUAUAUUAAGGUUUUUUGUUUAAUCUUGCCUUUCAAUGACCAUCUUUUUUUAAUGUUUUAUCAUUUUUUUAAACUGGCAAUAUAAUGUCCACUGGUUGAUUUUACAGGCUGAUAUUUUACAGUGUGCACAUGCCUGUGAUGUAAUUAUUCUAAUCCAUCACAAGCAUGGCCUAGGAGAAAUGGUGACUUGCUAUGGAACAGAAGGGGCAGGGGUUUCAUUCAUUGGGAAUAAGAUGGAUGUAAAAAGAUCACAAGGAGGUGAAAUGGCUCUAAUGCUGUUUCAAAAAUUUAUGCAAGGUAAAUUUUAUAGUGUAACACUUGUGGCUGCUAUGUCAAAAAACUGGAGAUCAUGA